AUGAUAUUGUACAAGAGUUUGGUUUUAUUCGUUCUUCUCAAUUCAUUUGUCCGACCGGAAACUAUUACCGGAAAACUUUGCAGCUAUUCCAGGUACAUGUUUUUUGUAUUCAAAUUACAUGAACAUAAUAUCUAUUUGAGACCCAAAAUUUCCAUAGAAAAUUCUACAACUUUGGAAGAACUUAAAAUGUAUAGUGAUUCGUUACGAGCUCAUGGCCAGAUCGUUUUGGCGAUUCUCGAUGACCUGAUGACAGAUAAUAACCAAAUAUCAUACGAUCGACCUGAGGACAUGAUGGGUAUUAAUUUAUACUUAAACAACCUGUCAAAUACAUUACUGGUACGAACCUACGGCUGGAAUAAAUUCACUAUACCGUUGGAGAGUAAUGGUCAAGUACAAAUUUUUAAAAAAGAAUUCAAGGAGGCCAAUACAAGAAUAAUUGAUUAUUUAAUGAAAAGUAUUAAAACGAAUUGCACGUUAUUGCAGAAAGACAUUUCAGAUUCUGAUUAUAUGUCACGCUACUCGGGUAUGAUAGAAAAAGGUCACUAUAAACUGCACAAUUUGUUGCCAAAAGACGGUUAUUUUGGUUCCACCUACAGGGAACGCCAGUGGAACAAUGCACUAAUGAAAGAUUACCAAGAUAGCCUUUUGGAGAUGGAGUAUUUGAUGCAGCCGAUUUUGAACGGAGAAACGUACAUGCAAUAUAAACCGAAACAAAUUUUAUUCCACGAUGUGUUGUUCAAAAAUUGUAUCGACCUAGAUGACUUGUACAAAGAAUGUGAACACGACGAUUUGGAAUUGCUGCGAGACGUCCAAUGCAACGUAAAAAUGGAAGACGGCAGUUAUCCCAACAUAGAGGUAUUGUUUUCGAUUGCACAGCGGGUUUUCGACGUCAACUGUAUUGAAUCGUUCCAACAGCAAGUGCUGGCUGCAACGGCACAUCCCAUGCUGUCAGUCGUCGGUUCCUACGUGUCUUUGGUCAAACAUAUAUUCUACACGGGAGACGGAAAGUUUCAAGACGUCGCCACUAGGGCCGAGUUGUUCGAAGAGACAAUCAGCGACUUGGGCGAUUCUAUACUGACCACGCUGGUCGGUUUCAUACGUUUAGGUCUUUGUCCGGAAAGAGUAUUGGACCAUUUAAAGUUAACCGCACUGGAACUGGACAAGUUGGUCAAGUAUGAUGACAAAAAAAACAUACAGCUGGUCGCCCCGGAAUUGCUCGGUCGAAUCUUUAGGCGUUACUCCAAGCCUAUGUCGGUUAACAAAUUGAGAGUAUCGAAUGAAGAAGAAUUUACCGAAGUAAACUCCGAAAAAGAUUACAACAAUGCAAUAUAUGCGUUGAAAAUGAAAGCAGAUAACGUCGAGAAAUACGUGAACGGUUUGGAAAAACACAAAAAACUCUAUCACGGCAUUAUUGAGAAUCGGUUUUUUUCUUACGAAAACAUGUUUUACGACCAACCGAAAUGCGACAUUAUAUCGCAUAACAGAUAUGCGUAUAACAUACUUGUGGAGAGCAAACAUAAAGUUGAAGUGCACCAUCAACCUAAUUAUCUGGAUAUUUAA